AUGUCUGGAACAUGUCUGGGUGUAUGUUGGCUACGGCGUGUUUUGGCAAUAUCAAAGUUUUCGGUAGGUGGGUUCUGCAUUUUGGCUGAGGGUGUGAUAAGUGGAAUUGAAUCGUCCCAUGGAACGAUGUGCUACAACUCGGCAUUUCACAUUGUGGAGGUUCCGCAUGAAUUGGUCCUGAUCUUAUGGAUUCCAUCCAAUCUUCCCAACAAAUCUGUGCAUAACCGGCAGCCGCUGCGGAGAUCUACUUGGUCGGUUAAUUUCAACCGGGUCCUGUCAAAUGUGAUUACAGAAAAGACAAAGGAGCAAAUAAGAACUUUCGUCAAUUUACUUACGCGUGUCCAGAUCAAGAUCACUGUCAUGCGCCAGGUCGUCCGUGUUCGCAUCACUGGCGCAUUCAUCUAUUCCCUUGGUACCGAUCUUUUGACCGCAGCUUAUUACUUCCAACGAGUCGCCGAAUUUCUCCUGUAA